AUGCUAGGCGUCGCCGGUAUGCAGCCCCGGCAACUCGCCACACAAGUCCUGAACUUUGCGCUUGUUCUCUCGACCGCCUUCAUGCUUUGGAAAGGGCUCUCCGUAGUCAGCGACUCACCUUCACCGAUCGUCGUUGUCUUGUCAGGGUCCAUGGAGCCCGCGUUCCAGAGGGGAGAUCUGCUGUUUUUGUGGAACCGGGGCUUGGACACGCAAGUGGGAGAGGUCGUGGUGUACAAUGUCAAGGGCAAGGAUAUCCCGAUUGUGCACAGGGUUGUGAGGAGAUAUGGUGGAAACAAAACGCCCCUCCGUCUGCUCACCAAGGGUGAUAACAACCUCGCAGACGACACAGAGCUUUACGCCCAAGAUCAAUCCUUCUUGAACCGCAAAGAAGACGUGAUCGGCAGCGUCUUUGGCUUCAUCCCCUUUGUCGGAUACGUUACGAUUCUGCUGAGCGAGCACCCGUGGCUGAAGCAGGUCAUGCUGGGGACAAUGGGGUUGAUGGUGGUGUUGCAGCGGGAAUGA